AUGGGUUCCUCCGAUAAUUCGUCGACGACGAAUGCGCCAACGACCCCUUCCCUCCCGGCGGACUUCUCGACAACGCCGCACGUUGUCGACUUGAGCGCGGUGCCGAUUUUCAACGGGGAGCACUUCUCCUCGUGGCGUUUCAAUCUCAAGGUGUAUAUGAUGGAGCGCGACUUGUGGGGCUUCUUCGAUGGGUCGGCAUCGAAACCCACCUCGGACGCUUCAACCGCGGAGAAGGAAGCGUGGGUGCGAAAGGACAAAAAGGCGUUUGCCUUUCUUGUCUCCAAGCUAAGCCUCCAACUCGUCCCGAUCGUGAGUCCGUGCAUCGACCGUGAAGGUGCGACUCGUGAAGCGUGGAAGCGACUCGAAGGAGAGCACGUCUCCAAGUCGCUUCAUAGCAAGCUUCAAGCGCGCCUCGACUUCUUCACGGUGCGGAUGAGGGACGGCGAGUCAAUGCGCUCGUACGUCAACCGCGUGGAGGAGCUUGGCGAGCGCUUGGUGGAACUCGACGCGAGCGUGGAGGACAACGAUUGGAUCAUGACGCUCCUCGCGGGCCUCGGUGAAGCGUGGUCAACCGUGAUCACGAUGUUGGAUGGGACGCAAGACACGUGGAAGAAGGAGCAAGUGGUGGCACGCCUCAUCAACGAAGAGGCGAGGCGCACGAAAUUGCAUGGCGAUGCAAUUGGCGCGGCACAAUUCUCCCGCGAUGCGAAGGCGAAAGGGACGAGUCACUUCAAGCGGCGCAACGACGGCAACAACCGCGGGAGCUCGAGCGGGAGCGCGGCGGCCUCACGUGGAGGAUCGGCCAACGCCAAUCGAGCUCGGACGCGCGACGGAGCUUGCCGUUUUUGCAAGAAGACCGGACAUUGGUGGCGCGAAUGUCCCGUCAAGCCGGCGAAUUGGAAGCCGUCGAGUGACGACAACCGGCGCGCGCAUGUGGCGACAUGCGACAACAACGACCGGGAGUUCGUCUUCGUCGCAAGUGGAACGACCGUCGGUGGUGUUGACGCGUGGGUACUCGACACGGGUGCUACUCAACACAUGACGGCGUGCGCGGCGCUUCUCAACAACGUGACAACGGAGGCUCCCGUUAAGCGCGUGAUGUUCGGCAACCGUGACACGUUGGACGUCACGGGACAAGGCGACUUGCGGCUCAUGGUGGACGGCGGUCCACUCACCAUCAAGAACGUCUUGGUGGGACCACGAUGGCGCACGGCGGAUGGCGUACACAUCGGCACGGCACGCCAAACGGGAGGACUCUUCAUGCUCGAUGCCCUCCCAAGUGUGGCGACGGCUCAAGCGGCUACCUCGACAACCACUCUCAAAACGUGGCAUAAUCGGUUUGGCCACCUCCACCACGACGCUAUUCAAGCUAUGGCAACGAAGGGGAUUGUCAACGGCUUGGAGUUUGUGCGCUCGGGUGGAGACGAUGAGAAGUGUGUCGGUUGUCUCGAAGGGAAAAUGGCACGGAAGCCAUUUCCACCAAGCACGAAGCCGAACGCCACCGAACCUCUCAAGCUCGUUCACACGGACUUGUGUGCACCCAUCACUCCCGCGUCGAAGGGCGGCGCGCGCUACGUCCUCACGCUUCUCGACGACGCGACACGGAUGUGUUGGAUUCGGCUUCUUAAGCACAAGGACGCCACGCCAACCGCCAUCAAGCAAUGGGUCGCGGAUGUGGAGACGGAAAGCGGCUUCAAGGUGAAGCGCUUUCGCUCGGAUGGAGGUGGCGAAUACACCGCUCGGGAGCUCGGCGAUUGGUUGAAAGGGCGUGGGACCGCGCAUGAGUUUUCUACGCCGUACACGCCUCAACAAAAUGGAGCCGCCGAGAAGAAUUGGUGGGGAGAGGCGGUUACGUUGGCAACUUGGAUUCGCAACCGGUGCGUGACCAAGGCGUUGCCCAACAAGACGCCUCUUGAGGCUUGGAGCGGUACGAAGCCGGACGUCACCGACCUUCGCACGUUUGGGUGUACGUGCUACUACCAUGUCCCGGAUGCUACACGGACCAAGCUUGAGGCGAAGGCGCGGGUGGCGAUGUACUUGGGUCCAAGCGCGGAUCACAAGGGGUGGCGCGUGUGGGACUUGGAGCACGGGAAACUCGUGGUGUCGCGCGACGUGGUGUUCUACGAAGACACCUUCCCCUCCAAGUCUACGAACGUGCCCUCGGUCAUCAUCGUCCCUCCACCCUUGGAUGCCGCGGAUGAGGCGGAUGAAGCUCCUACGGCUCCUCCUCCUAGUGCGAGUGAGGGGGAGCAUGGAUCGGGAACCCUCAUCCCAACUCCAAGUUCGAUGAUUACUCUCUCGUGGCGGGGGACGAUGAGGGAGGGGGAGACGCUAUGUGUCUUGAGGCGUACACCGACACCCCGUCCACCUACCACGGCGCCAUGA